GCUUUGUUCGGCCCAAUGUACAAGUGGGUACGAGGUUCUUCCAAGUGUCUCCUGAUCUUUCUCGACGCGCGACAGCGCAGCGAACUCCGCGCCAUCUCGAACCUUCGCUUCCGCUCGCUUUAUACCCAUUCCUCUCCUCCACCGCCGUCUCGCCAUUGCUGCAGUAGCAAGAAGGAGAGCGAGAGAGCAAAGCCCAAGUUGGUAGCCAUGACGGAGCUGUUCGACACCGCCGUGACCAGCCUCCUCCACCUGCCGGAGGUGCUCGACCGCCUCGGCGCCGCCGCCGGGGACCGCCGCUCGGCGGGCGACCACGCGCACCACGCCGCGCAUGGACACGGCCAGCACCGCAUCAGUGGAAUCGGUGGUGGCGCGCCAGUGGACAUCAUGGAGACCCCCGGCGAGUACGCGUUCGUGCUCGACGUCCCUGGCCUCUCCAAGUCCGACAUCCAGGUGACGCUGGAGGAGGACAGGGUGCUGGUGAUGAAGAGCAGCAAUGGCGCCGGGAACGGGAAGCGGAAGCGGGAGGAGGAGGAAGGGGAGUGCAAGUACAUCCGCCUCGAGCGCCGCGCGUCGCCGAGGGCGUUCGCGCGCAAGUUCCGCCUCCCGGAGGACGCGGACACCGGCGGCAUCUCGGCGCGAUGCGAGAACGGGGUGCUCACGGUCACCGUCAAGAAGCGGCCGCCGCCGGAGAAGAAGACCAAGUCCGUCCAGGUCACCAUCGCCUGAAUCAUAGCGUAGUGCUCGGGUAAUGGCAGCGUGGCGGUAGUAGAAGCUGGAAAUGGUUGCCGAGAAUGGUUGGAGCAGUAGAAUGUGUUUGUGCUCUGUUCGUGUUUCGGUAGUACAAGUUGUCGCUGAUCUGCUAUGUAUAAACGCUGGUGUGACCGUGAAGAUGAAGACUACGGAAGUAGCUGUUCUUUUGUGUAGGAUCAAGCAAAUUAUGUCAAAUCUCGUUCGUGAACGAUUCCAAAUCGAUGCAUUAUGUUAUGAUCUCUGUCUUAUAUGAAUCCUACAGCUACAAUUCUUCGUUUCC